AAAGAGUCAAAUUAUGCUAUAGUUUUUUGAUGAUUUUUUAUUUCCUUUUUUUUUCCUUUUUAAUGUAAUCUUUUUUAGAGUCUUGUUUAAAAUGGGCUGUUUUAUUUAAUUAGUUUGUAUUCAUCUUACAUUCACUCUCCAUAGUUAUCCCAGACAAAAUUUAAGGAACAGCCCACAAGGGAAUUCCAAUUCUUAAUUGGAAUCACUUUUUUUCCGAAGGAUGUUUGAUUCUAAGUAUUUACUUUGCUUUCUUUCAUCUGGUAUCUUUCCAGUUGAUGUUGUUUGCUUUGUUACUGUUUGGCUAAAUUAUCCACAGCUAGUUUAUUUCAGUAGUCAUGCCUGGGAAGUUUUGCAAUUCCUUUCUGCUUUGCAACUCCUCACUGAACUCCUGUUGAAUCUUUUACUGAAGUACUCAGAAGUGACUUCAGUGCAAAUGCAGUUGUGCUCUAUUGUUUUGACAGUUGGGCUCUACAGAGAGUAUAUUUCCCUCUUUCCUGAGGUAAUCACACAGUUGAUGUUCAGAGUAUCAGCCAGUUGGAGACAGAUACCUUCACCUGACCCCUGGCAGGUAUUUACAUUCCCAGCUGGUUAUCACUGCAUUGAAUCCAAAAUUCUACUAUAGAAGUACUCAGUCUUGAUUUCAAGAUAUCAGGUGAUAGGCUGCAGUGGUUUCCUGGAUAAAUUAUUCCAAUGGCUGAUUACCCUCGCUAAUUUCUUAUCUCCAUCUGUCUGGCCUGGCUCCUAACCACAGAGUCUUGCUACAAGUUUUCAUGUCAGGUUGACUGAAAGCCUGUUGCUGCCAGGAUGACACAUUCCAGCUAAAAGAUGGUCUGUUGUACUGCAAGCCCAUGGCUGUUAGCUGUGCUGAGCUCUUCCUUCUGGGAAGAGGCAGCUGUGGAGCUGGAGUCUGGGUGAUCAGCGUGGUUUAGAGCAGUGAUGGAGGAUGCCUGGCCUGGUGUCUCUGUGCGGGCAGGGCUUCCUGGGAACUGUGAUUGAAUAACUCUGUUGCUUGGAGCUGGGCUUCACAUGAUGAGCAGCCCAGCAGCACAACAGGAUGCUGCUGAAGGAAUGAUCCAGUUCUCAUCCAGUUCUGACUGCAAGCUCCUGCUGCUUCCCUGGGAUCAGCUCUGGUGACCAAGUGGCCUCAGAUCAGUCCAGUCACUGCUCCAACUGAUUAACCCCCCUCCUUAAAGAAAAAAAGUAUAGAAGUUGGAUUAGCCUGCCUUGUGGCCAGAGAGAUUGCUGAAGAAGUGUAGCGUGACACUGCACAUGAGAAAUGUAGUGAGGGACCACCUUUUCCAACAGCAGAAUUAGAUGCCAGAGGGAAUCACACAUUUAGUUCCUACAUUUCUGUGCUUGGAUAAACAGGCUGUGGUUGCACAAAUCCUCUCAGCUGGCACUGCUGUUGAAAGAAGCCGGCAUGCCUUCCUGUUGGCAUCUCUACUUGUACUCUGAUGCAGUUUGUUGUGGGACCAUACAUGCACCUCUACCACCAGGAGAGAAAGGACAGAGGAUGGAACUCCUUUUGGCAAGAUAUUUCAGGCUUGAGUGGGGAUACAAUACAUCUGGUAGAUCUUAGAGUGCUCUGAGAAUGCUGCACUUUUCUCUCCUUUCUCUACUCCUCCCCACAAGACUGUACAAUAUCCUGAGUUGGAAGGCACCCACAAGGAUCACUUAAGUCCAACUCUGAGGCAAGGUGUUUUCUCCUGGAAAGGCAUGUCCCAGGUACAGCAGGAUGUGUCACUAAUGGAGUCUGAAGAAACCAGUGAGAGAGGUACCACUCCCCCAGGAGCCAGCAGCAUCACUGGGGAAGCCUGGGAUUCUUCAGCCGUGGCAGGAGAGUAUCAUGCCACUCAUAUAGCAGCUGAAAUGAGCACCAGCCCAUCUAACUCUGCAAAGGGACCAGAGCUCAGCACACCCAAGGACUGCCUUGCUGCUCCAGAGAAAGCAGCAGAGAUGCUGGGCAGACCUUCUGACUCUAUGCAGAAAGUGCCAGCAGGACUGGAACAAGGCCAAAGGGAUACAGAGCCUCAAAAGGGACUCUCAGAACUGGAAGGAGAAAUGCUUUUAGAGGAGGGUGGACUGGAUUAUUCUCUGAAACUUAGGCAAUUGGAACUGGUUGACCUGGAAAGCAACCAGCGCCCUUCCUCUCACAGCAGAGUCCCGGAUGAGCCAGCCCCUGGCAGCCCAGUCCUGCAGGCUGUGAAGCUCAGCACUGAGUUUCCUCAGUGCCAAGCAGAACUGGCUUUGCAUGGCUUAGACCCUCAGGCCCAGGAAACGAAAUCCCCUUUGGCUGAUGCCAUUGCCUCUCAGAGGGACACACCUAAGUGCUUUUUGGUGUGUAAAACUGUUUCAGAAGGACAUUACAAGGCUGAACCCUUUCUGGGUAACAUCUUGAAGGACUCUUUGCAGGAGGUUGGUGCUGGUGCAGAGCAGGAGCAAAGCACCAAAAAGCUGGCACCAGCACCUGAUGAGCAGCCUACCUCAGAGGGAGCAGUAGAAGACACAGCUAAACCUUACACUUCUGAAGAUGUUCAGGAAAGCUUAAGAGCACCCCAGGGUUUGGAAAAGAAUACAGAAUCUUCCUCUUUCCAUCAGUUGACUUCCACCUUAACAUGUGACAGCCAAAUGAGUUCACUACAAGCAGAAGGAAACAACUCAUCUGGUGAAACAGGGAAUACCAUGAUGGUCAAAGACCAGGGAAUGGUUCCUAAAAAGAACUCAUCUGCUUCCAAAUGCCUUCAUCUAGAAGAUGAUCACAGAAAAACGGAGGGCAGACCUGCCCCUUCAGCAAAGAGUGCUUUCCAAGGAAAGAGUACCUCUAAAAGGACAGAGGAAGUGAAUGCUUCACGGCAUAAGGAGCCAACUUGGGAGGAGGCAGUGUUUGGACUUCAACAAGAAGAGGAGGAGGAAGAGUGCAAAGAGCAGAAUUUGCUAGAAGAAGGCAAACCUUUGGAACUCAAAGAUCAGAAAAACAAGGAACAAAAUGAGCAGGAACAACUGCCAAGGGAAGAGCUCAGACUGGGGGAAGAGCUGAAACUAGAGGCUUUAUCAUCAGCUUUUGGGUCAGAGAUACCUUCUGUUCCCAGGCAUAAUGUGGAUGUGUGUGGUUUGGAGUAUGCUUCCUUGUCUGAGCAAACAGUAUCAGUAUUUCUUCCUGGGGAACCGGUCUCUGUGGAUCAGCAUCCUGGUGAGGACAUGCUGCUGAAAGCUCAUGUCACAGAAGCAGGUUCUGGAUGUCAGCCACCUGCUGUCAGCCCUCUGUCCUCAAAAAACCAGAACCCAGGGGGGGAAACUCCAUACAUGUGCCAUGUUUCUUACCAAGCAGAAGAUCUGGAGGACUCUGGCCGCUUUUCCAUCGGUGGUCAGGAUAUUGGAGAAGCUUACUGGGAUGAUAAGACACGACUGGGCAGGGAGAAUCAGCACAGUGAUGAUCAUGGAAAAGCUGUCCAGAGAUUUGAUAAAAGAGAUACAUCACUCUGUGGAGGGGUGAUGGCACCUUUUAGCGCAGAGAACCCAGAGGCUCUUGUUCCAGCACACCCUUCAUCUGGUAUCAGUAACUUGGAGCCACCUGAUCACAUAGAUCUUCAUCCUAUAACAGAAAAAGCUGAGCUUUGGGACUUCAUUCCAGCUUCCCCCUCAGAGAUCACCUCAGCAGUGUCAGCAUCUGUUCCAGAGCAGGAUGGUGGCAGAAUAGCCUCUGUGACCUCUGAGCACUGUCCUGGCACCAGCCUGAACAAGCUGCCAGACUCUGCAGGGAAACCACCCAAACAAGCUGCUUCUGCACAAGAGUGGAACCCAACACCAGCAGAAACUGCUGUUGUAAGGACAGGUGCAAGGGAGGCCAAGACUUCCCAUGAACUCCUUACUUCUGAGGAAAGCUAUCAUGAGGACCUUAGUGGCCCAUCUUCUUUCUCUGUCAUGUACACUAGCUCCCUUCCUCUACAAGGGGGCUUUCCUGGAGAUAGGAGGUCUGUGGCUAGUAUUGCAGGACCUCUGGAAGUAUCCCAAACACCAGGAAGGACUUCCACUCCCCUGAACCACCCAGAGACAAUUCAGCAAAUCUCUCCCCAAAAAAGUGCCAUUAUACAAAGAAAAGAAAUGGCAGCAGAUGUGGAUCAUAAAGCACAAGUGCCUUUAUUUGAUGAGCCUGACUGCAGUUUAUACCAAAAAGAGCCUGGAUCCAGAAUUUCCAGUGUCCUGAGCACCCUAACUUGGCCCUCCAAAGAUGAUUUGGUCCUUGCUGUGAACCAGCAAGGACAACCUCUGUCCCCUGUGUCCCACUCAAGCCUACCUCUGGGGUCUGAGCCUGAUGCCAAACAGCUUCCUCAUCCUCCUUCCCAUGUCCAAAGGCCCAGUCAAGCUCAGGCCCCUGCACUCCAUGCAAAUCACCUUGUUUCACCUCCAGUCCCUGAAGGUCACCAGCUGCUGGCUCCUGGUCUGCACUCCAGGCCCCCCCUCAGCUGUGGGAUGGAUGAUGGUAAGCUGGGAGCCAUUCACCCUGCUCCAAGCUGUCAUCUCCGGACUGCCUCCUCUGCAUUUGAUACCAACUCUGUGGCCUCUGCUUCUGAUGGAGAAAGUCUAGUAGAGAGAGAUGACCUUGUUCCAGUGAGUGGAGUGUGGGAUCUUGGUGACUCAGGUCCCCAUGAUACAGAGACUUCUGAUGACUCAGGGGUCAGUUUGAUGACCAAAAGUUUUUUGGCUCUUGGAAACGAAAUGUUGGUUGGCUGCUCUGACACCAGCCCUGAAACAGCAGAUCACGACAUGGAUAUAGAGAGUGGAAAAUCCUCACCUGACCACCCUUCUUGGCCCUUGUUGGAAGGCCUGAUAACAUCCCCAGACUCCAAAAGCAGAGAGUCUGCACAGCUCCUUCCAAUGCUUGCAUUCACCAAUCCUAUUCACUUCCUCCGGCUCAGCCCUCCAUCACUGCUGACCACCAGAACAACCUGCCAGAACAAGGAGCUGCGAUGGCAGCAGCCCACAGGUAGCUUUGGUGGGGACACAAAGAACAUCCAGGCUCCACUGGCAGUCACAGAGAAAACAGAAGGUGGGAGGAGAGUCAGGCAAAGGCUGGAAGAAGGAGAACACCAGCCAAAGGAAGAAAAGGCCAAACAUGCAACCUUGGAAAAAUCAUCAAGUUGGCCAGACAAAAAAACUAUUGGGGUAGCUAUGCAGGACCCAGCAGGCAAUCAAGAAAGCCCAAUAAAAAGCCGAGUAAAAACCAAGGACUGGCACCGUCAGGGCCUGAAGAGGAUGUCAGUACCACCAGACAUCUUGCAGCAGGUUUCUUCUGUUCCUUCAGAGGAGGAAGCUCACAAGGCACACAGGGAACCACCAGUCAUCUCAGAAACAGUUAUAAUGCGAGAGAAGAAGUCUGCAGACACAACAGAGAACUUCAAGCGUCGGCACUCCAAACUGAUCAACUCCUCAAGAUUACUGUAUCAGGAGUACAGUGAUGUGGCUCUGAACAAGGCCAUCCAAAGUCAGAAGAGAGUGGAUUAUCCAGAGGAUAUAGAGUCAAGUUUACCAAGUUCCCCGAGGCUACGGAGGAAAGUGCUGUCUCCCCAGGACUCAUAUUUGCAACGUCUGUCAGUCUCAUCUAAUGCAUCCCUCUGGCAGGACAUCCCCAUGGUACGGGGCAGCAGAAUACUGCUCAACAUGUCCCGUGAGGAGCAGAGGCUGCAAGAGGCCAAGUUUGAGCUGAUAAUAUCUGAGGCUUCCUACCUGCGCAGUUUGAACGUGGCAGUGGAUCACUUCCAGCGCUCGGCAGAGCUCCAGGCGAUGCUCACCAACCAGGAGCGCCAGUGGCUCUUCUCCCGGCUCUCCGAUGUGCGUGAUGUCAGUGCCAGUUUCCUCUUUGACUUGGAGGAAAAAUUUGAAGAGGACAUGUUCACCUUCCGUGUGUGUGACGUGGCUCUGAAGCAUGCCCCUGACUUCCGCCGGGUGUAUCUGCCAUAUGUGACAAACCAGACAUAUCAGGAGCAAACCUUCCAGAGAUUACUAAAUGGAAAUGCAGGGUUCCAGCAAGUCCUGGAGAGACUGGAAAGUGAUCCAGUGUGCCAGCGCCUCUCGCUUAAAUCCUUCCUCAUCCUCCCCUUCCAGCGCAUCACUCGACUCAAACUCCUCCUACAGAAUAUCCUGAAAAGAACUCGGCCUGGGUCUGUGGAGGAAGUGCAAGCAACGCAGGCCUAUGAUGCACUUGAAAAGCUCAUCAAGGAUUGCAAUGAGAAUGUCCAGCGCAUGAAGAGCACUGAAGAGCUGAUCUACCUCAGCCAGAAGAUUGAAUUCGAGUGUAAGAUAUUCCCACUCAUCUCACAGUCGAGGCGACUUGUGAAAUGUGGUGAGUUGACAGCACUGGACUUCAACAACCUGAGUCCAAAAUGGAAAGUCACAACCCGGCCCAUCUACCUGCACCUUUUCAAUGACUGUCUGCUCCUGUCUCGGCCCAAGGAGGGUGGACGUUUCGUUGUGUUUGACCAUGCUGCUUUCUCGUACGUGCGCGGCGAGAAGUGCGAGAUGAAACUCCACGGGGCAAACAAGAAUCUGUUCCGUCUCUUUCUGCUUCAGAAUAACCAGGGGAAAAGAGUGGAGUUCUUGUUCCGGACAGAGACACACAGUGAGAAGCUGAGGUGGAUCUCUGCUCUGGCACCGCCGCGGGGAGAACUGGACCUCCUGGAAUGCCCUGAUGCACCACAAGUUCAGUGCAUAAAGACUUACAAGGCUCGGGAAAAUGAUGAGCUAGCUUUGGAGAAGGCAGAUAUCAUCAUGGUUAUGCAGUACAGCAAUGACGGGUGGAUAGAAGGAGUAAAACUCUCAGAUCGGGAGAGAGGCUGGUUCCCCUCAGAACACGUGGAAAACAUCUCCAGCAAACACGUGCGGCAGAAGAACCUGAAGGAGGAGCAACGGGUAAAGAAUGCCAAGCAGCAGGUCUUCUGCAAGAAAUAAGGCUCUGUUUGGACCUGUACAGUCUCCCUUCCAUGGGGAAACCAUGGCUUUUCUAUCGUGCCUCAGAAGAAAUGCCUUUGCGAAGAGCAUAAUACAAAGCACUUUGACAGGACCAGGUGCUUUUUGCCAAAGAAAGUGGGAAUUCAAUCACGAAAAACUUCCUCUGUGUCAGCAGAACUACAGCAGCAAGAGGAGGGAUAAAGGUUGCAUGUAUUGCUUGCUUUGUGGUAGCAGGGAGGGACUUAAAUCAGACAGAGGUCUGGGGUCUGGACUUCUGAAAACAUCUUCCAGGUUUUGCCACUGACAAGUUGUGGGACUUUAUGAAAGUCACUUCAGAGUUCUGCCUCAGUUUUGCCAUCUGCAAAAUGGGGGUAAACUUACCUACCUCACUCCAUGUUGUGAGGCUAAAUUCACUAGUAUUAGCAGCCUGAGAGCUUCAAGUUCCUGAGAAGGAAGGUGCUAAGUGCAAAGCACAACAGAGCUGAAGAGAAUAUUCCAUUUGAAUAUCCUCUGGAUACCUGCAUGGUGUUGAUCUCCAUAGUGUAAUUUCCAUUUAGGGCAAUUUAUGUUUUAGAUCGUGCAAGUCUACAAGGGUUUAGAUAGGCAAAUAAC